AUGAUAGCUCGGGAAGCCCAAAAUCGAAACUUCCCAUCACACCCGUAUGUCACUGUCGCGGGUUCAUCUGCACUCACAUCGCCCGCUCCCGUUCGCAAGCUCGUCGAGAACCGUGUAGGCGAUGAGUUAUUUAAUCGUCAGGCGAAGCCACUCGAGCAUCCGCGCAUGGCGGAAGCGCUCCUCAUCCGCCGCGCACUCGCUAUACCGGGUGACACCCGCCCCAUCCUCGCCAUCCUCUUCUCGUACAAACUCGCUUUUCUCUUCCGCACCCUCUUUACCGCGGCCGCCUCCGCUGCUGCCCUCGUCGUCUACGCUCGCUUCUCCAACCCGUCCUCUCCGAGCAACUUGCCGGAUCGGCGCUCAUAA